AUGGAGGGUGACAUUAAGCUGAGUGAAGCGUGGAUGUUCAACUCAUCUGCGAUUCAGCACGUGGAGUUCUCGAAAGAGUGCAUGAAGAACUGCCACAAGAUCUCGCCAGCGAACGUGCAUUCCGUGGACGACGGUGCGAUACAAACAGUGGGAAAUGGCGACAUGGUUAUUUUAAUGAGGAACCAACAUAGCGCAAGUAAAGCGUGCUUUCUGUGA